AUGGCUCUAAAGCGGAAGACCUCCUUAGAAGGGGAUUCACCACCAUACAAACGACAGCAGCACGCCGCUUUGGACAUUGAGGACCCCAUCUACCAAGAAGUCCAUUCAGAUGCCGAAUACUCAGCGCCAGGGACGCCAAGUCUGAUCAGUGAUGAUCUGAACGAAACCCCGGCCACACCAUUCUCUACUACCUCCACUCGUUAUCCGUCCGAAUUAAAAACCCACUACUGUCCAUUCGAGGAAUGUACCAAGGCAUUCAAUCGCCCGGCGCGACUACAGGAGCAUAUCCGAUCGCACAACAACGAGCGUCUAUUUCAAUGUACCACCACGGGCUGCGACAAGACCUUCUUACGUGCAUCGCAUCUCACUCAUCAUGUUAAGAGUGCUCAUACUGGAGUUCGGGACUAUGUCUGCGACCGCCCUGGAUGUGGAAAGAGCUUUGUUACGGGCUCACGACUUCGCCGUCACAUUGCCGCGCAUGACGGUCGAGACAAAUACCGCUGCACUGAAUACCCCCCAUGCGAAGAAACCUUCCGAAAACACUCGACCUUGCAGAAGCACAUUGCAUGCGUUCAUCUGAAUCAGAAGCCGUUUCCCUGCAAUCACAUGGAUACGAAGACUGGGCAUAAAUGCCAAAUGGCUUUCGAUACAGCUGGUCAUCUCCGAGCCCACGAAAGCAGGGUUCACACCGAGAAGCGGUUCAGCUGCGCCGAAUGCUCUCAGAAACAGGAGGAGACGAUGGCCAACGGCGACCACGAGACUUCUACCGAGCACCCCGUCACGUUUCCUACAUACGCUACUCUACAAGAGCAUAUCCGAACAGUUCACCCGCCAAAAUGCCCUAAAUGCCCGAUUGUCUGUUCGACAUCGCGAGAACUACGGCGUCAUUUGGAAGUAGCACACGGUGAUGUUAGUCUGGAUGAGAGAAAGGUCUUUAUCUGCACAGAGAAAGACUGUGACCGCAGCUUCACCAAGAAGGGCAAUCUGACUGUGCACAUUCGCACUGUUCAUCAAGGAGAGAAGCGAUUUGGCUGCGGGGAGGUUGACCUUUCUACUUCCAAGAAGGUCGCUGGCUGGGAUGGCGUUGGUUGUGGAAAGCGAUACGGCAGCAAGCUUGCGCUGGAAGAACAUAUCCGCACAGCCCACCUUGGAUAUCAGAAUGCCAAGGCCGAGCGACGCCAACGCCUUGGACUGAGCAAUCCGAAGCCACAACAGCCUUCCGGAAUUUCCACACUGGCCGCUCUCACAGGCCAUGGAUAUGCGCAAGAAACGGGGCGACACAUUACCUGUUUUGACGAUUCGUGCGAGCAUCGAUUCCACCGUGACUAUGAUCUAUGGGUACACAUGUCUGCCAAGCAUAGUUGCUCCGAGGACGAGAUCCAAGGGCUUUUCAUGCAGCGUGCUCUCCUCGCGGACCAGUAUGGCCCCGGUGGCAACGCGCUUGGCAUCUACGGCCUUGAGUUUGACUCCGAUAUCACGCCUCUUCACCACGAGGCGAAUACCACCAACGAUGCGUCGAUGAAUGACCAAGUCGCCAACCCAGGGUACCCAGACCCUGAAACUGAUUUUUUAAUGCAACAAACUUUCCCCACUGAUGCGGGGAGAGAUGUCGAAUCUAUGAUACCCAGCCAUGACGACAUGGCGUUGGUUGAUCCCCUUCUGGCUUACCAUCUGAUGGAGCAGUGA